CAAAACAAGGCGCGCGGCUCUGAGGCAUUUAAACGAGGGGAUUUUACAAAAGCACUCGGAUACUAUGAUACGGCCCUCCAAUCACUGCCUGCUGAGCAUCCAUCUCGCAUCAGCAUUCUCUCGAAUCGCGCAUUAGCCAAUCUACAAACUGGUUCGCCCAAGCUUGCCUUUGCGGACUGUGAGGAGGCCUUGGCUAUCAUUGGUUCUGGAGCAGGUCAGGAUGAGACAAUUCAAGAGGGCAGCAUAGCCAUCAAUAUGUCUAGCCUAUGGGCCAAAGUGAUGCAGCGUAAAGCAACAGCGCUGGAGAUGCAAGAACGGCAUACAGAUGCUCUGGUCGUCUGGCAGACGCUUGUGAGAAGUGGUCAAGGUGGUGCUGCUGCCAUGCAAGCGAAGCAGCGGUGUGAGAAGCUGUGUGCGCCAAAAUCAAAGCCUGUUGCCAAGGUGCCCGUCAAGGUUGCAGUUCAUGCUGCUCCGAGCGGUGAAGGCGUUGCCAAGUUGCGUGCUGAAGCGGCUGCGCAGGAUGCAAGCGAGUUGGAGCGGCAGGGCUUGUUGGAUGUCGUUGGUGACAAGAUUGCAGCAUGGUCGAAGGGGAAAGAAGGGAAUUUGCGUGCGUUGCUCGCAUCUCUUGAUCUUGUGCUUUGGCCUGCAGCAAACUGGAAAAAAGUAUCGCUUGCGGAUCUCGUGCUGGAUGGCAAAGUCAAGGUCAUCUACAUGAAGGCACUGGCAAAAGUGCACCCAGACAAGAUUCCUCGGGAUGCGUCUGUUGAGCAAAAGAUGAUUGCCGGUGCGGUUUUUGCAAAGCUGAAUGGUGCAUGGGAUGCGUUCAAG